UUUUGUCUCUGAUCUAAAUUGAGGCUCCAACCCAAUAAUCUUUUAAUAAGAGUAAACAUUUAAAAUUUGUAAAUGAAUAUAUAAUUGUAUAACAUUUUUCCUCUGUGUUUUCAUGAAGUAAGUUGCUUUUUCAUCAUCACUAUUAGUAUUUCACAGCACAAAACGCAAGUUGGUUUUUGUGCGUAUCGGCUUACGUGUGGUCUAGGGCACUCUUAAAUUAUGAUCUUAUCUAAGAACAAGUGGGAAGUAUUGUUGAAUGCCACAAACGAUUCAUGCAUGAGGCCCAGUGUUUGGAUAAAUGUUAUUUUGUUGUAUUCUGUGUUAAUUCUUCCUUAUUUGAUCUAUUGUACAGAACUAUGUCUCCCUUACCAACACAAUGUUGUCUUGCUCCUCUUUUUUUAAAGAGCAAAGUCACACUUAAUCACAUCAGGCAGAAAACAAUUGCUGCACUGCUCUUUAUAGGAUGAAACAAAAGCUUUCCCCUGGGAAGGAGACACCGCUUGGAAAUGGCCACUAGAGACAUUUUAAGCACUGUAAGUGCAAAGUAAAUAGAGGUCAACUCCACGCAAUUAGUCAACUCCACUAAAUCACAAACCUUUGCAACUUUGGGAAUUAUCUUUCUGUACGCUUGUCGUCAGAUAUAAAUAUGACAAAUGCAUUUGACAUAUAUAUAUAUAUACCUUUCUUCCCCAGGCAGUCAGCAUUGAUUAGUAACACUAUUAUGGCAGCUGGCUGGUUAAUACUAACCUUAAUGAUUAUGAUUACUUAAUGAUGAUGGCUCCUUCAGGAACCUGAAAAAAUAAGAAGAUUUGAGGUUGAGGAAUCACAUAAGGCAAAUCUUUAGCCAUGUAGCCAGCUGAUGGAUUUUGGCUUCAUAGGUUAGAGUGUGGUUAGAGGUGUGACAUAAUAAAAAGUUUGACUCCAGUGACGGUCCAGCAGCAGUUCUCUGCCUCAUGUGAUUCAGCUCUUUUACUCUUUAAAUGCACACACAGAGUUUGUGUGUGAUUGUGUUUUACUGACCUGCUGCUGCUUCCACAGACUUCUCACUGCUGUGUACAGUCUCUCUGUGUGAUGUGACUUAGUUCAGUAGCAUGGCGAUAACCUGGAGCACUGGUGUGGUGUGUGUCUGGCUUCAGAUCCAGGCCCGGCCCAGUCCAGACCCCUAACCCUCUAACAGUGAUCUCCUUCCCUCCCUCCUUUCAUUUUACCCUUUGUUUUCCCUCCUAUUCCUUUCUGCUCAUUGUACCACUUCUUUUUUUUUUCUCCCUCUUUUUCCCUCGUGUCCUUCUGCUCUCCCUCACUCUCCUUGACUACCUCCUCUUCUCCUCUGCACCCUUUGUUUGCUCCCCUCUGUCCCACUGCUGUUUCUGUUGCUGGUGCUGUAGAUAGUGUUGUCGUCUCUGCGCUACGGCAUAAUCUCGGGCUCCUGGGUAGAGCGGGUUCACCUGUGGCGCUUCAAGGGCGUCAUUCAGUGCCUGCCCAUUAUCGCCACAACCUUCUGCUGUCACCCAUGGUGCUGUCCUCGUUCAAACAUGGGCUGCUCAGCGGCUGGUGGCUAGGGCAGGUCAUUGUGGUGCGCUGGGAGGGUGUGUUUCGCUGUCUCCCCAUCUGUGGGAUGGCCUUCGCCUGUCAGUCUAUGAGUUUGGGGGCCCAUUUUUGCAGGCAGGUGCUGCCGACCUACGACAGCCUGGACGAGCCGUCUGUCAAACGCAUGAGCACCAUCUUCACCUCGGCCCUCAACGUAGUCACCAUCUUCUACAUCACUGUGGGUUUCUUUGGCUACGUCAGUUUCACAGAGAACAUUGCAGGCAACGUGCUGAUGAACUUCCCGUCCAACCUGGUGACAGAGAUGAUCCGCGUGGGCUUCAUGAUGUCUGUGGCCGUCGGAUUCCCUAUGAUGAUCCUGCCCUGCCGCCAGGCCAUCAACACCAUGCUCUUUGAGCAGCAGCAGAAGGAUGGGACGUUUGCUGCCGGGGGAUACAUGCCUCCUCUGCGCUUCAAGAUGAUCACCCUCUGCAUUGUGUUUGGCACCAUGCUGGGAGGCAUUCUUAUCCCCAACGUGGAAACCAUUCUGGGUCUGACUGGAGCCACCAUGGGCAGCCUCAUCUGCUUCAUAUGCCCUGCUCUCAUCUACAGAAAGAUCCAGAAGAAUGGCAUCCUCGCUCAGCUGGUGCUUUUGGUUGGUCUGGGCAUCCUCCUGGUCAGCACCUUUACCACCCUCUCAAUCUCAGCCAGAAGCCCUGGCACCAAGGUCCAAGCUCCUCCUCCUCCAGCACCCGACAAGAACAACCUGCCCCUACCGGACCUCCCUGAACUGCACGAAAAUCCUCCAAACAAGAAGCCAGUGGAGAUAGAAAAACCUGACCUUCCACCUGUGGAGAUGGUACAACGCAUAGAGAGGGAUCAGGCUGAGCCCCCCCAGAUUAAAGGACCAGUGGAACUACCUGAGAGGAAGAAGGAGGAAGAGGUGCAGUUGGACCGCCCUGAUGCUGGUGUCGUGGUGCCGGAGGGCGAGGCCCAUCGCCAUGAACCACCCAUCCCUCAUGACGAGGUCAUGGUAGACACAAGAAAGAACAAUGCAGAGCUGGAGGAGGACAAGAAACAACCUGUUGCUCCUGUUGGAGGAGGAGAGGAAGAACCCAAAAGAAAUGAAGGGCAUGCUGUGGAGGUAGAGGACAAAAAAGACCACAAGGUUGAAGAGAAACCAAAGCCUGCAGAGGCUGUUGUGAGGAAAGAGGAAGUGGAUUUGGGUGGAGGUGAAAUCCUGUCCAAUGAGGUGCUGGAGAAGCCGGAUGCAGACGCAGGCAAAAAGCAGGACGUUCCCCCGCUAAAGAAAGUUGAGAAGCUUGAUCCAGUGAAAGAUCCUCUAGCAGGGAAUGUAGCUAUGGUGGUCAAUCAGGCUAUGGUGGCACAAGUCGAUAACAUGGGCAAAGCUCCAGAUGCUGCAGGGAAACCUCCACUUCCUGAAGGAGAGCAUCAUCCUGCUGCAGACGAGGCACUAGCUGCAGACAGCAAAGAUACAGCAGAUGAGAAGUUGGACGUGAUAAAAAAGCUGGUUGCAGAGGGCCAGCUCGACCACGCCGUGCUACUGCAGGUGAUCAAGGAGCAGCAAGAGCAACAGAAGAGACUUCUUGACCAGCAAGAGAAACUACUGGCUGUCAUAGAAGAGCAACACAAGGAAAUCCACCAGAAACAACCUGCUGGGGCUGCUGCUGAUGGUGAGGCAGAGAAAGGCAUCCAGGAACACUUGGAGGUGAUGGAAGGUGAAGCAGCAAAGCCCAAAAUGUCUGGCCUGGCCUCAGACCAGAAGCAGCCCAAGGAGGGAGCUGGAGCUGGAGCUGGAGCUCCACAGGGUGGAGUAGCUGAGCCUCAUUCUGUGGCCCAGAAUCAGGCUGGGGACAAGGCAGCUGAGGUCGGGGCUCCUCAUGUAGCUGUUCAAGCGGCCUACAAGGAGGAUGGCCAUGUUGCACCUGGAGGAGAAUCCCAUAAGCAGACUGAGCUGGGGGCCAGGGGAGUGCCACUGGGAAAGAAAAAACCUGAUGACCAUCAGCUUGUACCUCAAAAUGAUCAGGUAGCUCAACUUAAAGAGGAAGAAAGAAGCCUGGAUAAGGAAAAAGAGAAAAUUGAAAAUCUUAAAAAAGAACUGAUAGAGAAAGAGGUUCAGGCAAGACUGGAAAAAGAACACCUUGAGAGGGAGAUAAAGGAAAAUAUGGCCAGAGAACAGGAGUUAGAAAAGGAAAGAGUAGAGAGAGAAAGGAUAGAGAAAGAAGUGCAGGCAAGAUUGGAAAGAGAAAGAAAAGAAAAGCUGGCCAAAGAGCAGGAGUUAGAAAAGGAAAGAGUAGAGAGAGAAAGGAUAGAGAAAGAAGUGCAGGCAAGAUUGGAAAGAGAAAGAAAAGAAAAGCUGGCCAAAGAGCAGGAGUUAGAGAUGGAGAGAAUAGAGAAAGAAGUGCAGGCAAGGGUGGAAAAAGAGCGACUGGAAAGGGAGAGAAGAGAGAAGCUGGUCAAAGAACAGGAGCUGGAGAAAAAGAGAGCAGUAAAAGAGAAACUCGCACAGGAGAAAGCUGCAGAAGAGAAACUCCAGCAGGACAUACAGAAAGCAGACAAUGAAAUAUCUGAGAGAGCGAGAAAAGAGAAACAGGCAGAGGAGGCUCUGGCCCAGCUGGAGCGAGCGGUAGAAGCCAGAAAUGCUGGAAAGGCUGCACAGGGGGCUGAGAGAGAAGAUGGUGAAGCUUUGAAGAACGGAGGACGAGACCUCAAAGAGAAAGUUGCUGCUCAGGCAGACACCAGAGAAGGUGUGGAAGAUGGGGCCAUCAAAGCCGAGGCUCACCCCCAGGGCUCCCACGAGAAGGUCAGGGACCAGGGAGAGAUGGAUCUAAGGCGGAGGCGCAGGGCAUUGGGACCCAGAGAGGCUGGAGGGCCCCCAGAGGAGACCGGGGUGUCCAGGGGGGUGCCACGGUUGGAGCCCCUGCUGGAGCUGGGGGGCUCAAACCUGCAUGCGGCUCUGGAGGAGAAGCUACUGGCCGGUGCAAUGGUGCACUCACGGCAGAUUAAACAGGCCUCAGAGGAUGAGAGGGCGAAAUAACACAGACACACAGAUUCUCACUCAAUGAUUGGACAGCAACACAUACAGUACUGUACACCUGCAGCUGGAGGUACUGUGCACCUCCAAAACUUUUAAUAUUAUGGACCAUGAUAUCAUUGCCUUACUUUCUUUCUUGCCUUCAGAAACAAAUGUUAUGGACAAAGAGGAACAUCUUCUCUUUCUUGAUACUGUGUACUCUGGAAAUAACCCAAAGUCUUUAUUAAAGAGCAAAGUGUAUGUAAAUAUUAAAUUAUUUUUGUCUUCAGGGGGAGAAUUUUGAAGAGGUUACUGUUGAAAUGUAUAUAAACCUAUGCAAAUACCAUUCUGUGUUGGGUUUAGACAGGGCAAAUAUAUUAAUGUUUGUAUUGAGUCACCUCCGUUCCUUUUCAAUCACCAGCUUUGUGGAGCCUCUCUGUAGCAUCUGUUUUUUAUGGUCUCCUGUGCUGAUUUUUUGUUAAAUGUUUCUGGUCAAUUUGUUUGUUUAUCUCUUAACUUUGAGAUGUAAAUAUUGUAACUUUGUUUUGUGAUCAAUGUUUAGAGUUUCUUUGAACCUACAUUACCACAUAUUGGAUAUGUAAUGUGGGUUCAGGCGCCUUGAUAAGUUGUUUCACUAUACUUUCAAAUGAAAGUAACUGAACUCAACCUCAUGCUGGAGCUAUGAGGUAUAUAGUGUAACCUUACUGUUUGAUAAACUGUGCACAGUGAAGCAGCUUGAGCCAUCUGGAUCCAUGACUCUAGUUACUAAUCACUGCAUCUUCAAUAUUGUUUCUUGUUGAUUUAUCAGUGCCUUCCAAUCCAUAUGCUGCAGUAGUAAUAUUUUAUCAAAACAAAAAUGUGGUAGUUUCUCAGUUUGUGGUCUUUUUGCUUCCACUGGACCUCUUACUGUAAACAGUACAGUAAUUAUGAAAAAUAAGAUGUGGACAUUGGAAGGAAAUAUAGACUGUGUUUGCAGUGCUUCUUAGUAAUCCAACUUUUCUGAAAAUUCCUCCAUCAGUUAGCACUUCAACACAUGCUCGACCUUUGCUUUGUACAAGAGGCUAUUUUUAUGACUAUUUUUCUAUGUGCAUUGUAUUUCUGUACAUUUUGCUGAUAAGAAUAAAUAAAAACAUCUCUAUGACACCCA